AUAAGUGUCAAAAUGGUAACUAAAAUCGAAAGACGAUAAGUUAGAAGUCUAUAAAAACAAACCACCUUUGUUACAAAUACAAGAAACGUAUUAAUUAUAAUUAAUUAUGAUGUAAAGUGUUAAUGUAAUUCUAUCAUUAUAUUUAUGCAGUGACGAUCUUUCUUUAUCAAACUUAACUCAGCAGUUUUGUAGUGCUUUUUUCAAGAAGUGGAUUCAACUUUUUCAAAGCUUUCGUUAAUUAAUAUAUAUCAGGAAAAAGAAAAAAAAAUGUCUCUAGCAAGUAAAAUUAAAGUGCAAUCAAUUUUCAAUAAUUUAACAAUGAUUCGAGCUUUCUCAGCAAAACCAAUGCUCAAUACGAAAGACGACAGUAAAGAAGUGAUAAUAAAAUAUCUUGAUGGCAAGGAUAAUGGAAUUGCAGUCAUAGGAUUAAAUCGUCCAGAAGCUCGGAAUGCAUUUGGAAAAAAUCUCGUGUCACAAUUAAGUGAAGCAAUUUCGACAAUUCGUCAAGACAAUAAAGUACGAGUUCUCAUUGUUCGUAGUUUGGUACCAAAAAUAUUCUGUGCUGGCGCAGAUUUAAAGGAAAGAUUGAAAAUGGAUAAUUCCGAAGUAAAUCCAUUUGUUUCUUCAUUAAGAAAUCUCAUGAAUAAUGUUGAAUCCCUACCGGCGCCUGUUAUAUCGGCAAUUGAUGGCUCUGCACUUGGAGGAGGUUUGGAACUUGCUCUAGCUACUGAUAUAAGAACAGCAGCGUCUGAAGCAAAAAUGGGUCUAGUCGAAACCAAAUUGGCAAUUAUUCCUGGAGCAGGUGGAACUCAGAGACUGCCAAGAGUUGUGGGACCUGCAAAAGCCAAAGAACUUAUAUUUGCAGCUCGUGUUCUUGAUGGUGAAGAAGCACACAAAAUUGGACUUGUUAAUCAAGUUGUUCCACAAAAUAAGGAUGGUGAUGCUGCUUAUCAAGCUGCACUGUCAAUCGCAAGAGAAAUUUUACCAAAUGGUCCUAUUGGAGUAAAAUUAGCGAAAGUUGCAAUCAGUAAAGGAGUGGAAGUACCAAUUGAGGAUGGAUUUGAAAUUGAAAAACAAUGUGUUUCUCAGCUUUUGGAAACGCAGGAUCGAGUCGAAGGUCUUGCAGCUUUUACUGCAAAACGAAUUCCAAUUUACAGAGGUUUGUAAUUGAAAAAAAUUCGUUACCUUAUUUGGAACUGACUUUUUUUGUAAGUAAAAUUGACAAAAAUGCGUUUUUUAAAACAAAACUAAUUUUACGAAAAGAGCAUAUAAUUUAUAAGAAUCAAAGUUCCAAGAUACUUGUGUACCAUUAUCGGGAGGUGGUAAUUGUAAUAUUUUGUAAAAAAAAAAAAUUAUUAUUUUCUACGCUGUAAUAUGUAAUUUUAUCAAAGAAUAUCAUUGUUAAUUAGUAAAAAGUUUAAAUCUUUAUUGUUAAUACUAUUUUAAAAAUGUAAUUUUUAUGACCUUUCA